CAAACUCAUGACUUUGUAAUUAAAUACUAAUAUAUUACCACACUAUGACAUCGCUUCUGAAGAAUAGACCUAACUGUUUCUUAAACAGCUCUGACUCCAUCCAUGUGGCAGAACACAGCAUUUGGUUAAUAUGUAACACUCAGUGUGUACUUGCACUUUGUAUCCCCAAAUAAUAGAUGGAGCUUUCAGUCGUGAUAUUGCCCAAGCUGAAAGGUUGCCUCACCAAAACUUUCUCCGCAUUUCAAAUAUGGAGAUACACAAAAUGAAGAUGGGCUUUAUUUUCCUGUUAACCUACCUGUGCUUCCUCACUCCUGUCCACCAAGCCCCCCUUCCAAACGCCACCGUCUCUGACCUCUCCUUCAAAAACAUGGACUGUGCCAUGAACCUAUACAGAACAAUAUCAGGCUACCACGACAACAACAUCUUCUUCUCCCCUCUGAGCAUCUCAAACAGCUUUGCCGCUCUCUCAAUGGCCUCGGAUGGUGUCACACAUCAGGAGAUACUAAAGGGGCUCAACCUGGAGCAGCUGGAGCGGGCUGAUCAGCCGGAGCUCAUCCCCAAACUCUUUCAGCUCCUCAAUGAGAACAUCACACAGAACGCAUCACUGAAACUGGAUCAGAGCAUGGCACUGUUUAUGAGCCCGCAGUUUGAGGUGGAGGGGGUAUUUGAAAACCAAAUCAAGACGUUUUUUGAUGCUGAUAUCAAAAGUGUAAACUUUUCAAACACAGACGAGAGUAUUAGAGUCAUUAACGAGUACAUUGAGCAAAAGACUGAGAACAAAAUUACUGAGAUGAUCUCAAGUCUGGAUUCAAUGACUCAGCUCAUGUUAAUCAGCACUAUUUUCUUCCGGGGAGGCUGGCUGAAGCCUUUCAACCCCUACUUCACUAUCACUGCCCCCUUCUAAGACAACUAUAGAGUUGUGCAAGUGCAGAUGAUGAUAUUGGAGCAUACAUUCUACGUGACAGAAGACAACCCUCUUGGUGCCAAAGUUAUAAAGCUACCAUACACAGAGGGUGUGUCUAUGCUCAUUCUGCUCCCUAACAGAGGCAGGGACUACACUGCGAUUGAGGAGGAGAUCACUGCUGAGAGGUUCCUCAGCUGGAUUAAAAAUCUGGAAAAAAGCAAACUGGAAGUCAGCCUGCCCAAGUUCAAGAUGGAGCAGUCAUACUUUCUGCACAACCUUCUCCCACACAUGGGCAUGGCCAGCAUCUUCAAUGAAUCAGCCAAUUUGACAAAGCUGAGCCCGAACAAAAGCCUCAAGUGUCAGAGGUUUGUGCUGCACAAGGCUGUAAUCGAGGUGGAUGAGACAGGGACAACUGCAUCAGCAGCCACGACGAUCGGCAUUACUCCAUAUUCCUUACCCAGGACCUUCAUCAUCAACAGACCGUUUUUCUUCUUCAUAUACCAUGAAGACACAAACUGUCUGCUGUUCAUGGGCAGAGUGGUUGACCCCACCAAAAACUAACAGUAUACUGGGCUGUUGGAGUUUUGAAAUGCAUGCACAUUUCAGUUUUUACGUUUUUAUUUGAGAUGAUGCAUAAUGAAUCUAAAAUCGUGAAAUGCCUCUGCUAGUCUGUACUGUAAGCCUGCUUAUAUCUGAUCCCUAUGAAUAAAGAUUGAAAGUUUA